GGACGGGGCUCAAAAUAGACUUGGAUGGGAGUGGGAAGCUUGGAGGGAAAGUUCAAGAAAGAGACCAAGACACUUUAUUUUUCUCCUAUCUAGAAUUAUGGUAUUCGAUUCCCGUCGACUUUGAAUGCUCUGUUUCAAUUUCUGUCCUUUCUCCACAUUGUAUUCUUUCUAAACUGCUUUCCAUACUCAAUUUUCCCUCUCGUGGCCGGUGAAUCUAUCCCAGCGUCGACUUUCCUCCCAAGAAAGUCUAGGAUUGGAAAGAAGUCCUUUCUUGUACGUACUUGCGCUUGAUACACAGUCGGCAUACGUCAGCUCAUACAGAAGACCACUUUCAUCAAUCUUUUCAAGUUCAAACGUAUCAUCCGAUAUUUCAAUGUGGGACGAGACAACGCUGGUCUUGUUAUUCAACAGAUAAUCUUACUGUCUCGAUUCCCUUUCUCACAAUGCCUGUUCAGCGAACCCUCUUUGGGACACCCAUACCGCAUGUCCCUCCUCGCCGCAUGGCCGUUCUUCUCGGUACCAUUGCAAUUUUCGCCGUUAUUACAUUAGUAUUUACUCUACCCAACUCUGGCCCAUCACUCGGCACAUUUACAGAUCAUCGCAUGUCAUUACCCAAACUUCCCAAACAAUUGCCUUCACCGAGUAUCCUUAACCCAUUCCGACAAGCAGCACAUGCUCCACCGGUUCAAAAGAAUAGCGAGUACGGCGAAUCGAAAUGGCAUGCUAAUUGGAACUGGUUGAGUCCAUUUUCAUCAUCGGUGACUCUAGACGAGAAUCGAUCCCUACUACCACCUCUUGUUGAACGCCCAACUAUUUACACAUACUACGAUCAUACAAUAGAAAAAGACAAUGAGUUGAAAGAUGCGGAGAAUGCAGUCUUGGUUACUUGGAGAAGGGCAUGGUGGGCGCAAGGCUUUAAACCCAUCAUUUUAAGUCCUGCGGAAGCCAUGAACAAUCCAUUAUACCCCGAAUUGCAACGACUUGAAGUCGAAAACUCCUUGAAAACAGAUUUGACCAGAUGGUUGGCUUGGGAAAACAUGGGUACCGGGUUGCUUUGCAAUUACCUCACACUUCCAAUGGGUCCUUACGAAGAUCAAACCCUGAGUUAUUUGAGAAGAGGAGUAUAUCCAUUAUUGACGAGAUAUGAAAAAAUGGGAAGUGGUAUCUUUGCAGGAUCCAAAGCGGAUAUCACAGCAGCUGUCAAGGCGGCCUUGGCAAACCCAAGUCUGAAAGAUGCCAAAGAUUUUAUUAGUGCUGUCCCAACGAAUACUUUCGAAAUCGACCCUUCCCAUGAUUCCUUAGCUUUCUAUCAGACGAAAACUCUCGAGGAGAAAUAUCCGCAAGUUGCAAAAGAGUACGAAGGAAAUAAAGCAGCGGGUAUGAAACUACUGAACAGUCUGAUGAUAUCUCAUCUUCAUCAAACAUGGCAAAACAUCUUUACCAAAGGAAUUUCUGUGGUUAAACCGGAACCAGAACAUAUGUCAUAUGUUGUUGAACCAGCUUUACAACUUGCUGAAUAUCUUGCACAAUGCCCCGAAUCACCAAUGCCAGCAUCUUGUCCUCCAAAUCGACCCAAGUGCAAAGCGUGUGUUUCUUCGUCUCCGAUGACAAUCAGUACACCUGCUUUCUACCGCAAUACAUCAGGUCUUUAUACCAUCGGAACCGUUCCCCAUCCUUACACAAUGUCCACAUUGACCAGCUUCCAAGAAAGUAUCAAUGUCCCGUGGAUCAGACGAGAGUCUCCUCGUGAUGCUUGGCUCUCGACACUUACCAAGGAACUUCUCGGUACAGGUGUUUCUGGUACUCCACGAAUCAUCAAAUUCAAAGAAGCAGUCGCUAGUCCUCAUGGAACAUCCCACUCUCUCUGGCUCACAGCCGAGAAGGAAGUUCCCUCAGAUCUAGACUGGCAUUUCGGCUUCAGCAUCCCUCGCAAUGCAACCGACACGGGAAAAUCAGAAACUCCAGUCCCAGGUCCCGAACGUCGCCCACAGCCCGUUCACGAUCCAAAAGACGGGCCAAUACCCACUGAGGAGGAUAAGAAUAAGGAAGCACUUUUGCUAGAAAAGGCAAAAGCAUUUGGUGGAAGCACUACUAAGGAAGAUUUGAAGAUCAAGGGGGCUGUUGAGGCGUGGAACCUAGCCGAUACAGAAGCAUGGAGAUUUGCGAGGGCUUUUUUGGCGAGAUCUAGAGUUGAGAGGUUAAAGUGGGAGGAGGAGGAGAAGAAAUAUGCUGGUGGUGCAGGGGCUGAGAGGGGGAAAGAGAGUGGAUGGGGGAGAUGGUUUGAUGAUAAAUGAAUUAAUCAUUGAAAAUUUAACGAAAGUUUCAGCAGUCGAUGGAUGUAUACAAAGAAAGUCUUUCAUGUUUUAUGCGCUUAAGCGAAUCGAAGCGACAUGUGUAUGUCAAUAUCUCUUUUUUACUGUACAAUGGUUAGUUGUGGGGAAUAUCACCUGGAGUUUAGGGGUAUGUAGAGCUUUUGUGUACCAAUAUCAUGUCAAUAUGAAAUCAAAUAUCUUACAUUUCAACAAAGCUUAGGAUUCCCUUUCACAAUUAAACAGACUCAAUA